GCCUUUUGGACGGUAAUAUAAAAUCUACGUCACCUUACUGUAGUAGCUACUUACAGUACACAAAUUGCAACUCAACUUCUCAAUACCAAAAUUUGAAUAGCAGAGUGUUGGAACAAAUAUGAGUGAAACGAAGGAAGAUUUAAAGUACAUUCAGCUUUCAAAUGGGCUGCCUUUACCAAGAAUUGGAUUCGGUGUGUUUCAGUUAAAGUAUGCGGAUUGUUAUGAUCUUGUGACAGCAGCACUGGAUGCCGGAUUUCGACAUAUCGAUACUUCUGAGGUUUUUGGAAACGAAGAUGUAUGCGGAAAAGCAGUAAUUGAUUGGUGUGACCGAAAUCGAGUUCCCAGAACCGAUAUCAUUUUAAGUACAAAAUUGGCCAACUGUUCCGAUUACACGGCGACGCGCGCUUCAAUUCGUAGCAGUCUCCACCAUUUGGGCACUUACAUUGAUAUUUUUUCAAUCUUUUCGCCAGCAGCAGGCAGUAAGGCUCGAAUCGAAAGCUGGGGAGUCAUGGAAGAAUUUAUAGAGAGAGGAGAUAUCCGAUGCUUGGGCGUUUGUAAUUAUGGUAUCAAGCAUUUAGAAGAACUAUAUGCUUCUAAACCAAAGCAUCUUCCUGUAAUUAACCAGAUUGAACUACAUCCUUUCCUUGCUAGAGACGAUAUCGUCAACUGGUGCAAAGAACACAAUAUUGUUGUGGAAGCCUAUUCACCUCUCACACAUGGCAUUCGUCUUCAAGAUCCAAAGCUCGUGGAGAUUGCCAACUCCAUCGGCAUUGAUGUUCCCAGACUACUGCUUCGAUGGAGUCUUCAAAAAGGUUACGUUCCUAUCGUCCAGUGUACCAAUCCUGAUCAAAUUAGGGAUAAUUUGGACAUUUUCUCCUUAAGAAUUCCCAAAGACAUAGAAGAUAAAAUUACCUCGCUCGACGAACAUUGGCACGCAGAUUCCUCUUAUGACCCUACUAUUUGUGAAUAAUUUCUUUGAUUGAACGACUUUUUCCUGCCUUUGAUCUCGGUUUCACUCUUCCAAUAAUUGACUAUCAUCGGAGCUCUGAUGAAUUUUUUUUUUUUUUUUUAAUUUAAUGACUUUAAAAUGAUCGAUCUCAAUUUGAACAUAUAUAUAUUCAUGGGUACAUUUUAGGUAGUAUUAGUUCCAUUUUAUACUUUCAACUCAAAUCAUCUUUCAUUAUCCUAAA